AAAAACUUCCAACACAGCGAAUCAAUCCGAAAUAUUUCGAUUAAUUCCGAAAAAAUGGAUAUCACUCCAUUAUUUAAAGCGUGCAUAAAAACCGUGAAAACACGAAACAAAGCUUUUGGCAUCCAUAGCCCCAUAAGCGAAGACAAACAGCGAAUACUGCGAACGAAACCUAAGAGUGCUUUUAUGACUACAGCGAGGGACAUAAAUUCGCAAAUAACAAGACUGCGCGACUUUCUGUUGGAGUACAGAGAUAAAUAUUUAAGUUUUUUCGAUAAUGUUACUGGGGACGAGAUGUCAGAUUCGGAGAGGGACCAAAUAGACGCGGGGGCACAGCGCAUUAUAAACACCUGUUCUCACUUGCUGAAAGAGUUCCGGAACGAUAACCGCAAGGUGGCCGUGUCCCAGCAGAUGCGGGACUACAUGGACGGCGUGAUGGAUCUCAUAGAUAUGUACUUAAAAGCUGUGUGUAAGAUACACAGCGAGCUGAAGGCCCUGCGGGUGCAACGAGCGUUGGAUGUACGCAAGUUAUCGCGACUGGAACUGCCGCAAACUAAGUCUAACAUUCCAAACCCUUUUGUAACAGAGAAAGAUAUUAUAGUCAAAGAAAAUAUCAAAGAAGAAGAAGAAACAGCGGAAGUGGAAGAAACUGACAAUGCUAAGAGAAGUCUGGAUUUGUCAGAGAAUGAAACUGCAGUGUUGGCAGAUGAGGAGCAGCUGAGUGCAGAAGAGAUGCAGAUGUUUGAGGCAGAGAAUGUGCAGCUUCUGAACGAACUGAACAACAUGACUGAAGAAGUGCGGCAGAUUGAGAGCAAAGUCUUGCAUAUAGCUGAAUUACAAGAAGUUUUCACUGAAAAGAUUCUUCAGCAAGAGCAGGACAUAGAUAGGAUAUCCACAACAGUAGUAGGAGCCACAGAAAACGUCAAAGAUGCUAAUGAACAAAUUAAGCAAGCCAUUCAGAGGAACGCUGGUUUGCGCGUCUACAUCCUGUUUGUUUUACUGGUUAUGUCUUUCACACUUUUGUUCCUUGAUUGGUACAAUGAUUAAACCUAUAUCAGUGAAA